UCAACAUGAAGAUCGUUGCUUUGAUUGUCGCUGCUUUUGUGGCCUUUGUCGGUGCCUCGUGCCCGAAUUCCGGGUAUCCGGCACCUGCCUGCCCCACGAACUACCUGUUCAGCUGCCAGCCCAACUUGGCGCCAAUUCCAUGUGCCCAGGAGCCAGCCGCCUACGGAUCCUCCGGAGCCUACACGGAGCACGUGCCCCUCUACGUGGGCAACCCCAACAAGGAGCAGCGGGAGCAGUUCCAGCAGAGGAUUGGCAUGGCGGCUCUCAUGGAGGAACUGCGCGGCUUGGGCCAGGGAAUCCAUGGUCAACAGUUCUAGUGGUGGGAUAACUUAAGGACAUUCGGUAGAUUGACCUGUGUAAACUGUAAUUGAACUGGAAAUACCACUGUAAAUAAAGCUAUUUAAAAAAAUAAUAA